CCUCGGCCCCCCACAGUGUUGGGAUUACAGGCGUGAGCCACGGCGCCCGGCGGGCAAGACACCCUCAGAGCACAGGGUGCUGCCAAGAGCCCGGCCGAAUGCAGCUCGAGCGCCGACGUCGCCAAGGAUACACAGUGCUGACGCAGUACUCAAGUUCGUCACAGUGGUUCUCCGCCGGCUACACCGCUGCGUCAGUGGCUUGCAGGCGCAUUCCUCUUGGAAUUGGCGAUUGCUGCGGUGCUGAGCGCUGGUUUCACGCGUCUCGGGAGCCAGGUUGGCGGCGCGAUGAGUUGCAGCAAGGCCUACGGGGAGCGGUACGUCGCCUCGGUGCAGGGCUCCGCCCCGUCGCCUCGAAAGAAGUCAAUAAAAGGAUUCUAUUUUGCAAAGCUGUAUUAUGAAGCUAAAGAAUAUGAUCUUGCUAAAAAAUACAUAUGUACUUACAUUAAUGUGCAAGAGAGGGAUCCCAGAGCUCACAGAUUUCUGGGUCUUCUUUAUGAAUUGGAAGAAAACACAGAGAAAGCCAUUGAAUGUUACAGGCGUUCAGUGGAAUUAAACCCAACACAAAAAGAUCUUGUGUUGAAGAUUGCAGAAUUGCUUUGUAAAAAUGAUGUUACUGAUGGAAGAGCAAAAUACUGGGUUGAAAGAGCAGCUAAAGUUUUCCCAGGAAGUCCUGCAAUUUAUAAACUAAAGGAACAGCUUCUAGAUUGUGAAGGUGAAGAUGGACGGAAUAAACUUUUUGACUUGAUUCAGUCAGAACUUUAUGUAAGACCUGAUGACGUCCAUGUGAACAUCCGGCUAGUGGAGUUGUAUCGCUCAAAUAAAAGAUUGAAGGAUGCUGUGGCCCGCUGCCGUGAGGCAGAGAGGAACAUAGCUUUGCGUUCAAGUUUAGAGUGGAAUUCGUGUGUUGUACAGACCCUUAAGGAAUAUCUGGAGUCUUUACAGUGUUUGGAGUCUGAUAAAAGUGACUGGCGAGCAACCAAUACAGACUUACUGCUGGCCUAUGCUAAUCUUAUGCUUCUUACGCUUUCCACUAGAGAUGUGCAGGAAAGUAGAGAAUUACUGGAAAGUUUUGAUAGUGCUCUUCAGUCUGCAAAAUCUUCUUUGGGUGGAAAUGAUGAACUGUCAGCUACUUUCUUAGAAAUGAAAGGACAUUUCUACAUGCAUGCUGGUUCUCUGCUCUUGAAGAUGGAUCAGCAUGGUAGUAAUGUUCAAUGGCGAGCUCUUUCUGAGCUGGCUGCAUUGUGCUAUGUCAUAGCAUUUCAGGUUCCAAGACCAAAGAUUAAAUUAAUAAAAGGUGAAACUGGACAAAAUCUGCUGGAAAUGAUGGCCUGUGACCGACUGAGCCAAUCAGGGCACAUGUUGCUAAACUUAAGUCGUGGCAAGCAAGAUUUCUUAAAAGAGGUUGUUGAAACUUUUGCCAACAAAAGCGGGCAGUCUGCAUUAUAUGAUGCUCUGUUUUCUAGUCAGUCACCUAAGGAUACAUCUUUUCUUGGUAGCGAUGAUAUUGGAAACAUUGAUGUACAAGAACCAGAGCUUAAAGAUUUGGCUAGAUACGAUGUUGGUGCUAUUCGAGCACAUAAUGGUAGUCUUCAGCACCUUACUUGGCUUGGCUUACAGUGGAAUUCAUUGCCUGCUUUACCUGGAAUCCGAAAAUGGCUAAAACAGCUUUUCCAUCAUUUGCCCCAGGAAACCUCAAGGCUUGAAACAAAUGCACCUGAAUCAAUAUGUAUUUUAGACCUUGAAGUAUUUCUCCUUGGAGUAGUAUAUACCAGCCACUUACAAUUAAAGGAGAAAUGUAAUUCUCACCACAGCUCCUAUCAGCCGUUAUGCCUGCCCCUUCCUGUAUGUAAACAGCUUUGUACAGAAAGACAAAAAUCUUGGUGGGAUGCGGUUUGUACUCUGAUUCACAGAAAAGCAGUACCUGGAAACUCAGCAAAAUUGAGACUUCUAGUUCAGCAUGAAAUAAACACUCUAAGAGCCCAGGAAAAACAUGGCCUUCAACCUGCUCUGCUUGUACAUUGGGCAAAAUGCCUUCAGAAAAUGGGCAGCGGUCUUAAUUCUUUUUAUGAUCAACAAGAAUACAUAGGGAGAAGUGUUCAUUAUUGGAAGAAAGUUUUGCCAUUGUUGAAGAUAAUAAAGAAGAACAAUAUUCCUGAACCUAUUGAUCCUCUGUUUAAACAUUUUCAUAGUGUAGACAUUCAGGCAUCAGAAAUUGUUGAAUAUGAAGAAGACGCACACAUAACUUUUGCUAUAUUGGAUGCAGUAAAUGGAAAUAUAGAAGAUGCUAUGACUGCUUUUGAAUCUAUAAAAAGUGUUGUUUCUUACUGGAAUCUUGCACUGAUUUUUCACAGGAAGGCAGAAGACAUUGCAAAUGAUGCCCUUUCUCCUGAAGAACAAGAAGAAUGCAGAAAUUAUCUGAGAAAGACCAGGGGCUACCUAAUAAAGAUUUUAGAUGACAGUGAUUCAAAUCUUUCAGUGGUCAAGAAAUUGCCUGUGCCCCUGGAGUCUGUAAAAGAGAUGCUUAAGUCAGUCAUGGAGGAACUCGAAGCCUAUAGUGAAGGAGGUCCUCUCUAUAAAAAUGGUUCUUUGCGAAAUGCAGAUUCAGAAAUAAAACAUUCUACACUGUCUCCUACCAAAUAUUCACUAUCACCAAGUAAAAGUUACAAGUAUUCUCCCAAAACACCACCUCAAUGGGCAGAAGAUCAGAAUUCUUUAAUGAAAAUGAUUUGCCAAGAAGUAAAGGCCAUUACGAAAGAAAUGCAGGAGUUGAAACUAAAUAGCAGUAAGUCAGCAUCCCGUCAUCGUUGGCCCACAGAGAAUUAUGGACCAGACUCUGUGCCUGAUGGAUAUCAGGGGUCACAGACAUUUCAUGGGGCUCCACUAACAGUUGCAACUACUGGCCCUUCAGUAUAUUAUAGUCAGUCACCAGCAUAUAAUUCCCAGUAUCUUCUCAGACCAGCAGCUAAUGUUACUCCCACAAAGGGUUCUCCUAAUACAGAAUUUAAGUCAACCAAAGAAGGAUUUUCCAUCCCUGUGUCUGCUGAUGGAUUUAAAUUUGGCAUUUCGGAACCAGGAAAUCAAGAAAAGAAAAGUGAAAAGCCUCUUGAAAAUGAUACUGGCUUCCAGGCUCAGGAUAUUGGUGGCCAGAAGAAUGGCCGUGGUGUGAUUUUUGGCCAAACAAGUAGCACUUUUACAUUUGCAGAUCUUGCAAAAUCAACUUCAGGAGAAGGAUUUCAGUUUGGCAAAAAAGACCCCAAUUUCAAGGGAUUUUCAGGUGCUGGAGAAAAAUUAGUCUCAUCACAAUACGGUAAAAUGGCCAAUAAAGCAAACACUUCUGGUGACUUUGAGAAAGAUGAUGAUGCCUAUAAGACUGAGGACAGCGAUGACAUCCAUUUUGAACCAGUAGUUCAAAUGCCUGAAAAAGUAGAACUUGUAACAGGAGAAGAAGAUGGAAAAGUUCUGUAUUCACAGGGGGUAAAACUAUUUAGAUUUGAUGCUGAGAUAAGUCAGUGGAAAGAAAGGGGCUUGGGGAACUUAAAAAUUCUCAAAAAUGAGGUCAAUGGCAAACCAAGAAUGCUGAUGCGAAGAGACCGAGUACUAAAAGUGUGUGCUAAUCAUUGGAUAACGACUACAAUGAACCUGAAGCCUCUCUCUGGAUCAGAUAGAGCGUGGAUAUGGUCAGCCAGUGAUUUCUCUGAUGGUGAUGCCAAACUAGAGCACUUGGCAGCAAAAUUUAAAACCCCAGAGCUGGCUGAAGAAUUCAAGCAUAAAUUUGAGGAAUGCCAGCGGCUUCUGUUAGACAUACCACUUCAAACUCCCCAUAAACUUGUAGAUACUGGCAGAGCUGCCAAGUUAAUACAGAGAGCUGAAGAAAUGAAGAGUGGACUGAAAGAUUUCAAAACAUUUUUGACAAAUGAUCAAACAAAAGUCACUGAGGAAGAAAAUAAGGGUUCAGGUACAGGUGCAGCUGGUGCCUCAGACACAACAAUAAAACCCAAUCCUGAAAACACUGGGCCCACAUUAGAAUGGGAUAACUAUGAUUUAAGGAAAGAUGCUUUGGAUGAUAGUGUUAGAAGUGGCUCAGUACAUGAUUCUCCAUUGGCAAGUAGCCCUGUGAGAAAAAAUAUUUUCCGCUUUGGUGAGUCAACAACAGGAUUUAACUCCAGUUUUAAAUCUGCUUUGAGUCUAUCUAAGUCUCCUGCCAAGUUGAAUCAGAGUGGGACUUCAUUUGGCACUGAUGAAGAAUCUGAUGUUACUCAAGAAGAAGAGAGAGAUGGACAGUACUUUGAACCUGUUGUUCGUUUACCUGAUCUAGUUGAGAUAUCCAGUGGUGAGGAAAAUGAACAAGUUGUUUUUAGUCACAGGGCAGAACUUUACAGAUACGAUAAAGAUGUUGGUCAAUGGAAAGAAAGGGGCAUUGGUGAUAUAAAGAUUUUACAGAAUUAUGAUAAUAAGCAAGUUCAUAUAGUGAUGAGAAGGGACCAAGUAUUAAAACUUUGUGCCAAUCACAGAAUAACUCCAGACAUGACUUUGCAAAAUAUGAAAGGGACAGGAAGAGUAUGGAUGUGGACUGCAUGUGAUUUUGCAGAUGGAGAAAGAAAAGUAGAGCAUUUAGCUGUUCGUUUUAAACUACAGGAUGUUGCAGACACGUUUAAGAAAAUUUUUGAUGAAGCAAAAACAGCCCAGGAAAAAGAUUCUUUGAUAACACCUCAUGUUUCUCAGUCAAGCACUCCCAGAGAGUCACCAUGUGGCAAAAUUGCUGUAGCUGUAUUAGAAGAAACCACAAGAGAGAGGACAGAUGUUACUCAGGGUGAUGAUGUAGCAGAUGCAACUUCAGAAGUUGAAGUGUCUAGCACAUCUGAAACAACAACAAAAGCAGUGGUUUCUCCUCCAAAGUUUGUAUUUGGUUCAGAGUCUGUUAAAAGCAUUUUUAGUAGUGAAAAAUCAAAACCAUUUGCAUUUGGCAACAGUUCUGCCACUGGGUCUUUGUUUGGAUUUAGUUUUAAUGCACCUUUGAAAACUAACAAUAGUGAAACUAGUUCAGUAGCCCAGAGUGGAUCUGAAAGCACAGUGGAACCUGACAAAUGUGAACUGUCAAAGAACUCUGAUAUCGAACAGUCUUCAGAGCGCAAAGUCAAAAAUCUCUUUGCUUCCUUUCCAACGGAAGAAUCUUCCAUCAACUACACAUUUAAAACACCAGAAAAGGAGCCUCCAUUAUGGCAUGCUGAAUUUACCAAAGAAGAAUUGGUUCAGAAGCUCAGUUCCACCACAAAAAGUGCAGAUCACUUAAACGGCCUGCUUCGGGAAACAGAGGCAACCAAUGCAGUCCUUAUGGAGCAAAUUAAGCUUCUCAAAAGUGAAAUAAGAAGAUUGGAAAGGAAUCAAGAGCGAGAGGAGUCUGCAGCUAACGUGGAACACUUGAAGAACGUCUUGCUGCAGUUCAUUUUCUUGAAGCCAGGUAGUGAAAGAGAGAGACUUCUUCCUGGUAUAGAUACGAUGUUGCAGCUCAGCCCUGAAGAAAAGGGAAAACUUGCUGCGGUUGCUCAAGGUGAAGAAUAAAAUGCUUCCCGUUCUUCUGGAUGGGCAUCCUAUCUUCGUAGUUGGUUUGGACUUCGAUAGGUUGAUGGAAGGAAUAUUUUUAUUAACCAAAUAGAAUCUAUUUACAAAAAUGGUUCAUGUAUAUUACCAUCAUUCUUUUGUCAAAAAGUGUGUAUAUAUGUUUGCAUUUACAUAUAUUUGUACAUCUAUAUGACAGAUGUAUUUUAAAAGUUUCAACUUGAAGUAAAAGUACAACAGCUUGAAGUGUUGAUAGCAGGCCACAGCCCUCUAACUCGUGUGAUCUCCCAUGCAUGCUGCCAGAAUAAAACCACCAGGAAUGAAUUCACUCCACACUUCUCUGGAACCUCAGGACCCGCCCAUUUCUCGGCAGUACUGUGAAUUUUGAAGUUAAACUAAAUUUUGGUACCAUACCAACUGGAACUUAGGCUUUAAAAGUAAUGUUUCAAGGCCAGGUGUGGUGAUUCAUGCCUGAAAUCCCACUACUUUGGGAGGCUGAGGCUGGAGAAUCGCUUGAGGCUAGUGAGCUGUGAUUGUACCACUGCACUCCAGCCCGGGGAACAGAGCAAGACCUUGUCUCUAAAAAUAAUAAUAGUAAUAAAAAUAACGUUUUAUGACUAUUUAUUGCAAGGUCAGAGUUAUAGAUUGUUAUAAAUUGUUGAGAAAUUUUUGUGAUUAGAAUAUGAAGGAAAAAGCUUUAUUGGUAAAAGUGACAUGUUAAGGGGCUAUGAAGUAAAUAUGCUGCAGUUAAUUAUGCUAAGUUAAAAUACAGUUUAGUUAUUUGCUUUAAAAUAAACUCUUCUUUUUUUCUUUAAAGUAUACUAUCUCAAAACUCAUUAUGUUGUCAGAGCCCUAGAGCUGGCUAGUGUAACACUGACUAUGAAUAGGUGGGCCCACCACUUGAGUUGAGGUGAUUUCAUGGUGUCUUUCCAGGCUCUUGAUAGGGUGUCACUGCAUGCAAGCCAUGAAUCUGUUUUGAGAAUCCUCUCCAUUUUCCCAAAUAAAAACCUGUCCCAACAGGGACUAUAUCACUCAGCAUUGGAUCUAAAUGUAAAACUGGUGCUUUCAGUGUUUUUGGCAGAUAGUGUUCCAUAAGCUUUCCAUCAGAAGGGAUUUUAGACACCUUAGAGGUCCGUGCUACAUCUUCACAGUUCCUCUGAAUAAGCUUAGGUGGUCGUGUUACUUGCCUUUGACACCUCUGCAUGUGUUUUAAUGACUAGAUCCAAACUGUGUUGUUCUUAAAUCAAAAAUCGGAUAAUUUUUAAUAUUUAUGUGUUAAUCACACAGUAUGCUCUCUGAAGUUCUCUUAAGCCUUCAGUUUAUACUCUUAAUUUUCUUUCUGAGCUGGGGAACUGACUUUGCACUUUGGUUACACAGAACAUUGGUUUCCAAUUUAGUUUAACUGAAAUUUGCUGCUGAUAUGUUGAGUUUGUUCUUUAAAAAAUAUCUCAUAUAUCUCGUCUUUCGUCCUUAGAAGAACAGACCUAACUAGCGAAUGUAUGAAUGAAAAUGCAUCUAUUUCAGAGCCGACAUGAAGAGUUUAGUUUUUUUACUUUAUAAACUGUGAAUAUGAGUGUGCCAGCUGCAUACAAUGUAACUAAUCAUAUUUAAAUAUAUUUCACUUUCUCUUUGACUUGAGACCUUUUGAAGUCUGUAUAAACUUGUUUUGAAAUAUAGUCUCCACUUACGAAUGUCAUAACAAAAUACUUUUUUGCAUGAUAAAAAAUUACUUUGAUUACAAAAGGCAUAUUCUUUCAUGGUUUCUGCAAUGAGAGGAAGUGUAAUGAUUAUUUUAAUAUUUCUAUUAAAUAUGUUUAACUGUA